GUUGCUUCUUACAUACCCCCUUCGACGCUCCCCGAUUAUUCCUGACCUUCAUCGUCGACCCGUAUUCACAAUGGCUACUAAAGCGUUUGCAAUCAUCGCCGGCGUAGGCCCCGGCACGGGAGCAUCGGUAGCAAGAAGAUUCGCCAAAUCAUACUCGGUCGUGCUUCUUAGCCGAAAUCCCGCCAACUUUGAACCCGUUGUCCAGGAGAUCAACUCGAGCGGCGGGCAUGCCGUCGGGAUCAGUACCGAUCUGUCCGACUCGACGAGUGUGAAGAAUGCCUUUGAGAAGAUUUCCCAGCAGUUUGCAGACUCGGCACUUGCAGCUGCGGUCUUCAAUCCUGCCGGUGGUUUUGUGAAGAAGCCGUUCCUAGAGCUCACAGAGGAAGAGUUCGCCGGCGGGUUGGAUGGCCAAGCGAAAGGUGGAUUUAAUCUGGCGAAGAAUGCGUUGCCUCUUUUGCUACAGGCAAAAGGACUCGGCUACCCUCCUACUCUAAUCUUCACCGGAGCAACUGCCAGCCUGAAAGGAUCUGCAACCUUUGCAGCAUUUGCAUCUGGGAAAUUUGCCCUGCGAGCGCUGGCGCAAUCGUUGGCUCGAGAAUUCGGGCCUCAGGGUGUCCAUGUCUCUCAUGUUAUCAUCGACGGGGUUAUUGAUAUUCCUCGAACAAAGGGGUAUCAGUUUGAGCAUCCGGACGCAAAGCUCAGCCCAGAAGCGAUUGCGGAUCAAUACUGGCACAUACAUACCCAACCACGGACUACAUUCGCCUUUGAAAUCGACUUGCGGCCCUAUGUCGAGAAGUGGUAGAAGAUUUGACGUUGAAGGGCAAUUUAUUUUCUUUCAUGUUGCUAUCCUGCAUAAAAAGCACUCUUCUGGAGAUAGUUCGAAUGCCUUCGAGAAAGGUUCCAUCUGCAGCAGAAACGGGUAUAUCUAGAUG